CCGUUGCCUUCAGCAUGUGGAACUGGUUCAGCCUGUGGCCUGACAGUGAUGGAGUUUGCCGAGGUUUCUUGACGCGCCUCCAACUCCUCCUGCCCUUCUCGAAUCGAUCAAAUUCACUACCAUGUAAAUUCAGGUGUGCUUAGAGAGCUCCUCCUUUCUAGAGGCCAGACCCACUGCCGCGAAGAAGGGAGGCCGCAUCUCCGCCGAGCAAAAGGUCUGUGACAAUGAAAGAAGAGGUCCAUCACCGAGAAGCCUGAAUGGUGAUACCAGGACAGCUCUUUGAGACACUGGCAAUACAAGCCUGAGAUACAGGAGACGGCAAACAUGCUGAAGCCAAGUGGACUUAAAAUCCCCGGCAGGGCCGGGAAGCACUCCAGCCCAGUGGGACGGGCAUCAGGGACCACGGCAGCUGCCGUCACCACUGGUUCAAAAGAAGGCUCACCAUUACACAAGCAGGGUACCACCUCCACCGCCAGCGCCGAGAAGUCGGGUUCAAAGGUUGCCGAGGUGGGCGAUGAUUUCCUGGGAGACUUUGUGGUGGGCGAACGUGUCUGGGUAAAUGGAGUGAAGCCAGGUGUGAUCCAGUAUCUUGGGGAGACGCAAUUUGCUCCAGGCCAGUGGGCAGGGGUCGUUCUGGAUGACCCAGUGGGUAAGAAUGACGGCUCUGUCGGUGGAGUACGUUACUUUGAAUGCCAGCCGCUGCAGGGGAUUUUUACGCGACCGUCCAAGCUGACGCGGCAGCCAGUGGCCGAGGGCUCGGGGAGUGACGCCCCCUCCGUGGACUCCCUGACGGCUCAGAACUUGUCACUGCACUCGGGGACGGCCACGCCACCGCUCUCCACUCGCGUCAUCCCCCUGCGGGAGAGCGUCCUGAACAGCGCCAUGAAGACGGGCAACGAGUCUGGAUCUAACCUCUCAGACAGUGGGUCUGUGAAAAAAGGGGAGAAGGACUUACGGCUUGGAGAUCGUGUGCUGGUUGGUGGGACAAAGACAGGAGUUGUGCGCUAUGUGGGAGAGACGGAUUUUGCCAAAGGAGAGUGGUGUGGUGUGGAGCUGGAUGAACCCCUGGGGAAGAACGAUGGGGCAGUUGCUGGUACAAGGUAUUUUCAGUGCCCUCCCAAGUUUGGCCUCUUUGCUCCCAUCCACAAGGUGAUCCGGAUCGGGUUCCCCUCAACCAGCCCUGCCAAGGCAAAGAAGAGCAAACGAAUGGCCAUGGGAGUGUCUGCCUUAACCCACAGCCCCAGCAGCUCCUCCAUCAGCUCCGUCAGCUCGGUGGCAUCGUCUGUUGGAGGCAGGCCCAGCCGCAGUGGGCUGCUGACAGAGACCUCUUCUCGAUAUGCCCGGAAAAUCUCCGGUACCACAGCUCUCCAGGAGGCACUGAAGGAGAAGCAGCAGCACAUUGAACAGCUACUGGCAGAGCGUGACCUGGAGCGGGCUGAGGUUGCCAAAGCCACCAGCCACAUCUGUGAGGUGGAGAAAGAGAUUGCCAUCAUGAAGGCCCAGCACGAGCAGUACGUCACGGAGGCAGAAGGAAACCUCCAGCGAGCACGAGCCCUGGUGGAUGGGAUGCAGAAGGAGAAGAUUGAGCUGUUGAACCAGCUGGAAGAGGAGAAGAGGAAAGUGGAGGACUUGCAGUUCCGUGUGGAGGAAGAAUCCAUCACAAAGGGGGAUCUGGAGUUAACGACGGUAGCAGAGAAAUCCAGAAUCCUGCAGCUGGAGGAGGAGCUGAGCCUCAGGCGCAGCGAGGUGGAUGAGCUUCGGCAGUGCCUCAGGAGCUCCCACCAAGCAGAGACCCCUGAGCAUAACCUUGGCUUGCAGUCAGAGGCUCUUCGUCUACGAGAUCAGUUGCUGUCUGCCAACAAGGAGCAUCAGAAGGAGAGCAGCCAGCUAAAAGAGAAGUAUGAGAAGACGUUAAAGAAGUACCAGCAGGAGAUGGAGAAGCUGAAAGCUGUCAAUGAGAAGUAUUCACAGGAAAUCGUUGACCUAAAGCAUAAAGUUCAGCAAGCCACUAAUGAGAACAUGGGGCUUAUGGACAACUGGAAGUCCAAGUUGGACACAUUAGCUUCUGACCACCAGAAGUCUCUGGAGGACCUCAAAGCCACAUUGAACACAGGCCCCGACACCCAGCACAAGGAGAUUGUGGAACUGAAGGCAGUGGUGGAGAGUAUAAAGAUGGAGCACCAGCUUGAGUUGGAGAACCUGAAAGCAAAGCACGACAUUGAGACGGCUGUUCAUAUAAAGGAGAAGGAGAGCCUCAAACUGAAGUUGCAGGAGGCUGUGGAUGAAGUGGAAAAAAGCAACAGCAACUGGAAAAUGCAACUGGAAACCAAAAGCAAUCAGCACCUUCUUGAGCUCCAAGAUGUGAAGGACAAGUGUCGAGAUGCUGAGCUGAGGGUGCACGAACUGGAGAAACUUCAUGGUGAAUAUAAAGAUCAGACACAAGCAAUAGCUUUCUUGAAAGAGCAGAUUUCUUUGGCUGAGAAGAUGAUGUUGGACUAUGAAACACUGCAGAAAACAGAAGCUCAGAGCAAACAGGAGAUCCACAGAUUGCAGGAAAAAGUGCUUGUCUUAGAGAACAAGCUGCAGUCCAUGGAGGCCCUGCAUCCUUCUCAGCAUGCAAAUAUGAUUGAAACUAACGAUAUUUCAGAAGAAAAGAUAAAGAUGAAGCAGACCAUGGAAGACCUCCAAGACAAGCUGAGUAAAAGAGACAAAGAGAUGUCAUCACUGGUGUCCCAGACUGAAACUCUAAGGGCCCAAGUAAGUGCUUUGGAAAAUAAAUGCAAAAUGGCAGAAAAGAAGGCUGAUUCGGUGUUAAAAGAAAAGAAGAGGCUGGAAGGUGAACUGGAAGCCUUGACCAAGAAAACACACGAUGCUUCAGGGCAACUGGUCCUGAUUAGCCAGGAGCUACUCAAGAAGGAAAGGAGCCUGAAUGAGCUGAGAGUGUUGUUACUGGAGGCAAACCGGCACUCGCCUGGGCCAGAGCGGGACCUGAGCCGCGAGGUGCACAAAGCUGAGUGGCGGCUGAAGGAACAGAAGCUCAAAGAUGACAUCAAGGGGCUGCGAGAGAAACUGGUUGUGCUGGACAAGGAAAAAUCUGUAACGGAUCAGCGGCGAUACUCCCUGAUCGACCCCUCAUCGGAGUCAGAAGUGAUCCGGCUGCAGCACCGGCUCGUCAGCACGGAGGAUGUGCUGCGCAAUGCGCUGGAGCAGGGCCACCAGAUGGAGAAGCUCAUGGAAGCAAUGAGGCUGUCCUCUGAGAAAACACAGACUGUUGGAAAUUCUGGGUCUGCGAACGGGAUUCACCAGCAGGAUAAAUCCCACAAGCAAGAGGAGAAGCUCUGAUAGAGAAGAGGUGAAGAGGAUCAUUUCAUGCCAGUAUCAGCUCCUGUGCACAGUCAGGAAAAGCGAUACCCCAUCUGGCUUUAGCACACCUCCAAAAGACUAGACACAGUAUUUUUACUUCAAAGCAGGACAAUGUUUAUAAUACACUAACUGAUGUAAUCAGGACAAUCCUGGAGUCCAGUUUUCCAAGGCAGCCAUUGUUCCAGGAGGGAGUGGAAAGAUCUCUCUGGGUUUGGUUUUCUUACCUGUAUUGGUUUUGACUGUGGAAUUUGUAUUGCUUGAGCUGCCCUUGUCCCACCAGCCGAUGUGGUCUGGAUGACAGCUGCCCUGAACGGUGGCUGGGGUGUCAGCGAGUCCCAGUAACCCCACAGGAACUGCAAAGGGAUUUGCAUGUGGGCUACAACUCCAAAGCACGUGCCCAGAGGCUGCACACUUCCCACGUGGUCUGUCCCUUCCCUUCUACCUGCCCUAGUGUCCUGGAGACCCGCACAAGCGCGUGAAACCUGCUGGGCUGACUGUUCACUCUGGCAUGCGUAAGCUGAGGAAGAUGGGGUGUGGGGACAUGUCUCCCUCCUCACCUUGUAGAAGACAUCGCUGUUCUAGAGCGCAGAGGCUGCACUUAGUGCUUGUAUCGUAGCAUGUCAUGGGAAGUAAUCCGAUUUUGGAGGGGUAUUUAUUUCAUUUCUCACCCACUGCUGUUUGGGGAAGGAGCUGUGGUGGCUCUGAGUUUGGGGACCGGCACACCUCGCUCAGGUGUGGUUGGCCUUUCUUCCUGCAGAGAGAUCGCCGAGCAGGCCUGCUGAUGCCCUGGGCCACUGCCAGGCUGCCCAGCCUGGCCCCCCUCACUCAUACGUGUUUAUUGGGUCUUUUUUGAGCACAGGACUCCACAGAUGGCUGGAUCUCAGCAUCGCUGGCUGGAUCUCAGCAUCGCUGGCCUGAGAGCUCCAUGCUGGCUGCAGUCAGUGUGGGACGGAUGCCUUGAGGAAGUGGUUGCCUCCUUGCCCAUUCGGUUUAACAGCUAGUCAGGGGUUGCCCGGCCAUUCUCCAGAGCUGUCCUUGGCUCUUCAGUGUGAUGCCCAUCCCCUGGGACCGGGAAUGGAGGAGGCGAAGGUGCUGCUGUGAGCCUUCAGGCAAUAGUGGCUGGCUGUAUUUGAUGGGUACAGCAAUCCUCUGUGCAUGACCCGAGUACAAGCAUUUGGAGCAGAAGGAAUCCAAGGCUGGAGCCCACACAGCUCCUGUGUCCGUACACAGCAGUGCAGGCCUGGGCAAGGGUCUUGUUCUUCUGAAGGCUUUACUCUUCCAACUUUGCACCACAGCUCCCAAGGGACAUUAGGGUGGAGGAAGGGGACAAUAUGCUCUUAAAGGUGUGAGAGUCCAGUUCAGAUUCACUGUUCAGUACCACAGGGGACAGUCACAGCAAUAUUGUACCAGGCUUCCCCAGCUAGUGCCCAACUCCUCCAGUCUUCAGAAGCUCUUGCGUUACGAUGGGGCAUCUGUGAAAGAGGACAAGACAGGAGAGACCACUGAGAGAGGAGAUCUGAGCCAGGCCACAGGCAGAUGAACAUCAUGGCAUCAUGCUUUUUGUCCUGAUUCCCUACAAAGCUGUGUUACUUUUUCUUAGUGGGUUGCUGGAUUCCCCUUUCCUUGAAGGAUGGGCGGCCAGAAGCAACCUGGGAAAGACUUUGGCCUCAGGGCUGCAGUUAUGCCAUGAGGAGGAUGUUGCUGAAUCUGGGCUAUGAUACAACACUGGACUCUGCUCACUUGAUGCAGGAUUGGUGAUCUCCCUCCAUUCAAAGGGAGGAUGAGAGAGGAAGGCGACUUCAGGGGAGUAAAGCUUACAGAAAACACAGCUUAAAUCUGGUGCACGGCAGGGGGAGGCAGAGCUUGAGUACUAAUUGCCUGGAAAUGAAUCAAGCAGGAUCCCAUCCUGCCUUGUAGAAGCGUGUCAUCAGCUCAGUAAUCACUAGGAAGAUUGCCACAUCUCGGUCUAGCUCUGGGACUUUCCUAAGGGAUCAGAGGGGGGGUCUCCAAAAUCCUGCUGGUUGGUGUAUUCAUCUCCUAAGCGAUUUGGGAAAAUCCCAGAGGGAGUGUUUGUUGUUACAGUCUGAGACAGUAAGUACCUCACUGGGAGCUGCUGGUUUUAGGAGUUUAGGGCUGGUGUUCCCCAAAGUGCUCGUGCUGGCUGGGUGGUCUCGGGCCACUGCCGCGGCUCCUGCUGGCCUGAGCGGAGCUAACAUAGAGCGCUUGCCUGUCCCCAAACCCAGUGCUUCCCAGGCACCUGUGGGUGGCAGAGUCCAUUCUGGUUUGCAGCUUAUUUUCCUUGAUAGGUCUUCUAGUGACUUGUGGCCAGCUGCCUUCAUCUACAGAGGGAAUGCACCUGCAUUUUCCACCUCCCUUGCUGAACCUCUGGUUCUGCACAGGGCAGGAUCCCCCCAGGAGUGGUUAUGGGGACCAUGUAUUUGGCUCUGUUAGAGAUCCAAAGUUGUCAGGGUGGCAGUGGUUCAGGCUGGAGGAGUCUCUGGCUGCUGUCUCCUUCCAGGGACCAUCCCGGUGAGCAGCUCAGGCCCCUGGCUCUUCCUGGUUGGCUUGGGUGAGAAUGAGCAGGUUUAACAUUAGUACUGAUAGCCCUCUUGGGCUGUAAAUAACUGUGCUGGUCCCUAAGGAUCAGCCAGGAGCUGACAGAGCUGCUUGGCUUUGUGGAGGCUGUGCAGUCUUUGUGUUGCAGGGCUGUACUGAAACAGGCAGCGGGGCGAAGCCACGUCCCCUGUGUCCCCACCCCAGACCCUGACUGUGGUGUCAGCAGGCCAUGUUAAUCACAUGCGUCAUCUGGGUUUCAGCUCAACCCUGUAAACUGGCCAGGAGGGGGUUUGGGCGCCAGCCGUGCCCUCCCUCUCCAAAAUUGGCAUAGGCUUCCCGAGGGCACCUGCCCCUCUGAGGUUGUAAGAGACCAAACUAGGGACAAACUUGGAAAGGACGAGGAGGAGAUUCCCCAGCCCCUCUAUUUAUUUGUAAGUUUAAUUGCUAUUUUUGCCUAUGUGGUGGUGUAUAAAGUACUUCACAAUAUUUGGUCUUACUGGCUUGGUUCUUUGGGGGAGAUUUUCAAAGGCACUGGAGCAGCGAUGCACCCAUCGCCUGUUGUCAGUCAGGGACCGGUUCCUGUUUGUACCUUCACUCCCUCUUUGGCUUCAGCCUUGCUCGUCUCGAUCCUCAAGAGCUGGUGCAGGGGGGCUGUGUCCUCCCCAGCCCUGCUCCUGGCUUGUGUGUGCCAUGCUGGUUUUGUGUCUGGGGCUGGGUCCGGAGCGUGCCUUGGAGCACCGCUGCAGGAUGGGGAGUGAGAGGUAGCCACACAUUUUUUUUCUGAAGCCCUCAGCACCGGGGGCAGGACCGGCACCCUGGCUGUGAGACCACCCCUCACGGCCGGCUGCUUUUCUGCUGAAGGCUGAGGUGUCACCUGGUGAAAAAAAAGUCUUUGAAAUGGAGACUGUUCCAUGUUCAGCGGUUUCUUCUCUAACCCUCUAGACCAAAGGGAAAAGAAUCUGGCUUGAUGAUUUCAGCUUUAUCCCUUCUACAGCAGCCAGAGAGCGGAGCGAGGGGCGGCGCCGGGCCGCUGCCGUGCCGAAGUUGCCAGCCAAGGCUUUACAGCUCUUGCCUACCCCCAGCCACCAGCGGUUCCUCUGGCUUGCGGUAGAGAUGCAUGAGGGUUUCAUUAAAACAAAAUGAUGCAAAUGACACUGUAAAAGUCUUAACAAAAAUUCCAGUACUCCGUUGUUCGGCAGCUUUAGCAGCUCAACGCUAUCUUGUAGGGAGUGAUUAAUACACUAAGUU